AUGACCUCCAACUCCUCCCCCGCGGACCCCUCCAAGCCAAAAGCGAAACAAAUCACCAACCCACGCCGCCUCCUAAUCCUCUCCCCGACCACACACUCCGUCUCCGUAAUCCCAUCUCUCUUACACGCUCUAACCGACGUCCCAGUUCACGACCUCCCACAAGAACAACCUGUCGCAACAUCAUCUACCCCGCCAGAUGACACCGCACCAACCUCAUUCGCAGGAUACACAACUCACAGCCCCCUCCACCUAGACACGAAAUACUAUUCCGCCGAGAUCCCACUAUGGGUAGACGAGGUACCUCUCCCAGACCUGAACCUUAAUCUGAAUCCGAUCCCCACCGACGAAACAAAGCCCACAACAUGGCGCACGGAAUUCCUUAGCGACGAAGCCGAGAUCGUCCGUGAUGCCGUCGGCGCACUGCUAGUCUGCGUCAAGAACCCCAGCGAGACAGAUCCGCGUCCGGGUUCUGAUCCGGCCUCUCGCGCUGAUGUGCGCGCGCUGUUAGAUCUUAUGCGGGAGAUUGGAGCUGUGAAGGAGCGUAUUGAUGAAGAGCGUGGAGGGAUGGGCGAUGUACCUGGAGUGUUUGUUCUCGUGGGGACGGCGAAAAGUGCAGUGCCGGAAUCUGGAUCUGAACGUGAGCGCGAUGAGAUGAGAUUGGGCGUUGAGGAAGAUAUGGGGACUGAUGAUGUGCCGUAUUCUCCUGGUUGGUGGGAGGAUAUGUUGUAUGAUCUGGGAUGUAUUGGGUGGGAGGUUGUGGAGUGGGAUCCGAGAGGACAGGGUGAGAAGACAAAGAAUAAGUUUGGAGAAUACGAGGGUAUGCCGCGGAUCAAGGAAGUGCUUGAGACACACGAUUGGACUGGACCUGGGGAUGUGCGCGAUGAUGCGGACCAGGAGCUGGAUGAUGAGUUUGAGGAUGAUCUCGAGACUGGGUUGCUAGGGGGUGGCAAGUCUCGUACUCGUGGCUUUGGGCAUGAGGUUCACGAGCUGGAACGAGAGAUGCUUGGGUUGCAUAUGGCGAUUGAACAUGGUGGCAGCGAUGGGGAGGACGUUGAUUUUGGUGACUUUGAGGACGGGGAUGAUGAAAUCAAGGUUGAGUCCAUGGAAGGCCUAAUGAUGCGUGUGCAAGCUAUUAGAGAUAUGGGCGCUGAUUUACCGGAGAAUGAGCGAAAGAAGUUUGCGGCGAAAGCUGUACAUGAUCUUAUGCGAGAACUAUAG